GACCAGGCCCCUGAAGCCAAACGACCACCUCGCUACAACCACACCAAAACCAGAUUGGGAGACGCCAGAAGGGAUAAGAUGAUCAAAAAAGGAAAUAUUAUAGCUGACCUAAUCCGUAAUCAGUCAGCAUGACCCAAGGCCCUGAGACCCUUACCCUGAAUUCUCACCCUUUAAAAACCCCUGCUUGUAAGCCACUGUGGAGUUUGAGACUUUUGAGCAUUAAUUCCCUCCUUCUUCUGGGUGGCGCCACAUCAAUAAAUAGCCUUUCUUCACCUCAAAACCUCCCUCUCUCAGUUGUUACUGGCUUGCUGCUCAUCGGGUGGACGAACCCUCGUUGGGUUCCGUUACAAAGAACAGAGAACGAUGCCCCUCCUCCUAAGGGAAGAACUUCCACUCCUUCGGCGGCGGAAGCGGCCGGAACCAAAGAGCCGUGGGCACCGGUUUUCCUGAGAGCGCUUCUCCGUGACGAACCAGACUCCACCCCCGCAGUGUUGCCGUGGAGACGGAGAGAGCUGUGUGGAUGCGGAGAGGCGCUGAGGCCGGGCCUUUGCUGUCUGUCCCGGGAAGGGGCUCACCGAACCAACACCAAGAUGAUGCUUUCAAGGGCCAAACCUGCUGUAGGCGGGGACCUACCGCACACUGACAAAAGAAAGAAGAAAGGUAGGAAGAUUCCGAAACUAGAGGAGCUACUUUCACAAAGAGAUUUCACUGGAGCUAUUACCCUAUUGGAGUUCAAACGUCAUGUUGGGGAACAAGAAGCAGAUACUAAUCUGUGGAUUGGAUACUGUGCUUUUCACCUGGGUGACUACAAGAGAGCUUUGGAGGAAUAUGAAAAUGCGACAAAAGAGGAAAAUUGCAAUCCUGAAGUCUGGGUGAACCUAGCCUGUACCUACUUUUUUCUCGGGAUGUAUAAACAAGCUGAAGCCGCUGGAUUUAAAGCUCCAAAAAGCCGACUUCAAAACCGCCUCCUCUUCCACUUGGCUCAUAAGUUUAAUGAUGAGAAGAAGUUGAUGAACUUUCAUCAGAAUCUUCAGGAUAUCACAGAAGAUCAACUCAGUUUGGCCUCAAUCCACUAUAUGCGAUCUCACUACCAAGAAGCUAUUGAUAUUUAUAAGCGAAUACUCCUAGAUAACAGGGAAUACCUUGCCCUCAAUGUAUAUGUGGCCCUAUGUUACUACAAGUUGGAUUACUAUGAUGUGUCUCAAGAAGUUCUGGCAGUUUACCUUCAGCAAAUUCCUGAUAGCACCAUCGCACUCAAUCUUAAGGCCUGUAAUCAUUUUCGCCUUUACAACGGCAAAGCAGCUGAGGCAGAACUGAAAAGCUUGAUGGACAACGCUUCUUCUUCCUUUGAAUUUGCUAAAGAACUCAUCAGGCACAAUCUGGUUGUUUUCCGAGGAGGUGAAGGGGCUUUGCAGGUGUUGCCUCCCCUGGUUGAUGUCAUUCCUGAAGCUCGGUUAAACUUAGUGAUUUACUACCUUCGUCAAGAUGAUGUACAAGAAGCUUAUAACUUAAUUAAGGAUCUGGAACCUACUACUCCUCAGGAGUAUAUCCUCAAAGGAGUAGUCAAUGCGGCCCUUGGCCAGGAAAUGGGUUCGAGGGACCAUAUGAAAAUUGCCCAGCAGUUCUUCCAGCUGGUGGGAGGGUCAGCGAGUGAGUGUGAUACAAUACCUGGGAGGCAGUGUAUGGCUUCCUGUUUCUUUCUGCUUAAGCAAUUUGAUGAUGUCUUGAUAUACCUCAACUCAUUUAAGAGUUACUUCUACAAUGAUGACAUCUUUAACUUUAAUUAUGCCCAAGCCAAAGCUGCAACAGGCAAUACCAGUGAGGGUGAAGAGGUUUUCCUUUUAAUCCAAAGUGAGAAGAUGAAAAAUGAUUACAUUUACCUCAGUUGGUUAGCUCGGUGCUAUAUCAUGAACAAGAAACCAAGACUAGCCUGGGAACUUUAUCUCAAGAUGGAAACCUCUGGCGAGUCCUUUAGCCUCUUACAGCUCAUUGCUAAUGACUGCUACAAGAGAGACCCUUCGAGAAGUGCUCCAUUUACUGAGAAGCACAGGUAACACCCAAGUGGAGUACAUCAUCCGGAUCAUGAAGAAAUGGGCCAAAGAAAACAGAGUGCCUGUCUAAAAUAGCUCCAGAGUCCUCGGGAACCAGUCAGCACUUUGAUGUGAAAUUGGAAAUCAUUUUCCUCAAGUUUAAUGUAAGAUGCAGGGCUCUGUUCUUGGACAUUUCCUUCCUUGCCCUUCGAGCCUCAAGAUCAGUGACUGACUUGCUUAGAACGAGCCUCCUGGCUGAACUAAGUGCCAUAGUCCACACUGUGGCCCCUGUAUGAUCCGACUAGCAAUAAGACUUUGGACUUGUCUGGUGCCUUUCUUCCAAAAAUACUCAGAGAACUCUUAUGUAAUUUACUGACUUUAAGGAGAAUGGCAUCAUUUUUUUUAAUAUUGGCAUUCCAUGGCAUUUUCCCCUCGCUGCAAUAACAAAUGCCCUUAAUGCUCAAGAGUCACUAUCAUUCUGUCGUCUUUAUCUUAGUCAUCUGUACAUUAUCCCAUUUUACUGCGGAAUUCCAGAAAGAAUUUUGUAAUGCGUUUCUGAAUCUUGGGAGAACAGAGGUUAUAAGUAGCGAGAUGAUUCUAAGAGUGGCAGUAAGAUCCUUUAUCAAACUCAUUAAUAGAUAAUGGACUUUGGGGAUUACUCUUGCAGUAAUUCUGAUGAUAAAUAACGUGUUACAGUAGAGUAACAGGAGCACUGGAGUUUUUUAAAAGGUGAGUACUAUGAAAAAAAUCUGUGUGGUACAUUUAAAGGCAUUCAAGAGAUAGUAUACAAAUUGCCUUAGUCACUUCUCCAUUAUAUUUUAGGGAACAAAACAGGUUAGGGAUAUUUUUUUUCAUAUACCAUGCUGAAUAAACAUCAAUUUUGAAAGUAGGGCUACAAAGAUUAUGUAUAUGCAGUAUGGCUAUUUAUUAAUAUAGUGAUAAUAAAGCAUGAACUGUGCAGAGCCCUUUGAUGAACCUCCUAAUGGCUGGACUCUGUCCUAAGUCAUAUACCAGCCCCAUGUUUCUGAGUUCUUGCAACAUAAACCUAUUAUACAACUGAGCAGUUUUAGACUCAUGACUCAUUUUUCAGAAAAUAGACAUACAUGUUUUUCUCUACCAGAUUACCUUUGUUUCUUUGUUUGUUUGUUUCUGUUAGUUUAAGGUCCCGAGCAUUACAGGUGUACAAAGUGUAGAGCCAUCCCUAUCCGGCAUGAGAACUGAAAGAAAGUCCUAAUUCCUUGAGCACUACAUACAGCUUGGAGAAUUCACGCCCCCGGCACGCGCUGUGGCCGAGGAAGCUGUACAGAAUGGAGCCGGGAACAUGGCAGGGGAGCAGCCAAGGAGAGAUCAGUGACUUCAGGGAGGCUUUGCUUUCUGGACAGUUGCAAGAGGUCCUUUCAGUUCCUGUCUUUUAUCUUAGACCCAGAUCUAAUCAGUUCAGAGCACAACUGGCUCAAAUAACUGAAUUUUAGAAAACAAAAUUGCAUCAUUUUUUUCAUAUGUCAAAGCUUCUACUUUCUACUUUCCUACUUUUUCAGUAGUUGGUUCUCAGCAUCUAAGGUAUUCAGUGGAUCAGAGCUGGGCAGAACCUGCUAUAAUUUUAGAAUUAUCUUGUGACUCUUACUUAAAAUAUUAGGAAACAUAGUAGUGGAAAAAGACAGAUGGAACACCUCUGUGGCUUUUGGCAAAGAAAUUUGUCUUCCAGUUAAUUGCUAUUAUUUUCAAAUUUCCUAUACUUGAUAAGCUUUUCCAUUGAUGGUGAUUUACUUUUAAACGAGCUUUUGUUGAAUUUAACACUCUCGCGUCUCCCUGCCAUUUUCCUGUCUUUUGGGAAAAGCAGAUACUCCAAACGUAGCAAUUCCUGGAAUUUUAAACUAAUUUUUAAAAAGUUUUUAAUCUAUAGAAGUGAGCCAAAAAAGCAUAAGGACUAGUUUAAGAGGGGUACCAUCCAAUUCUGUUAGUAAGGAUAGCUACUUCUGAACUGUGUCGGCAGGGUCUCAAGAUUGCAGAGUCGUGCUGCAGGGCAGUUUCUCUUACGUGUGAUGAUACAGGAGAGAAGGGGGAUGCAGGCUGAGGAAUGUAGUGUCAUGUACACAGUUCAGAACAUCCCUGUACCAUGUACAGUUGGUAGCAAAGAUUACUUGCAAAUGGAAAACAUUUUUAAUUAUUUUUGUAUUUCAAAAGAAUUAUUAUAUUGUACUGUAAAAUACCCAAAUUAAAGUUUAU